AUGGCCCUAAAACGUACUCGUGCCGCACUUGAGGCCGAUCUUCAAGCAGAGCAAUCCCCAUACGCCUUCUAUGGAACCCAGUUACCGCCACUUGAAGAGGGGGUUCGCGAUGAUGGCUCGUUUGUGCCAAUAUGGAAACAGGAAGUGAAGGAUGAACAUGGGAGCAAACGUCUUCAUGGCGCAUUCACCGGCGGAUUCAGCGCGGGAUAUUUCAACUCUGUCGGCUCGAAAGAAGGAUGGACCCCUGCGACCUUCGUCUCAUCGCGCCAGAACCGUGCCCAGAAGGUUGAACAGAAACGACCCGAGGAUUUUAUGGACGCAGAUGACUUGCGAGAACAGGAAGAAGCUAGACAACUACAGACAGCCGAUGAAUUCGCGGGUUUUGGUUCGACCGAACUAGAUGCGACACGCAGAGCAGGACUUAUGGAUAUCUUGAAAACCGGCGGAGAGACUAUGGGAGUAAAGCUCUUGAAAAAGAUGGGUUGGCGCGAAGGUCAAGGGAUUGGGCCUAAGGUGCGACGCAAAGCCAAUCUGGAUGAAAGUUUUGCUCCAGGUGGUGAUACGGGGGAAACCUACCUUUUCGCUCCUGAAAACCCACCCAUGGUUGCCUUCAUUCGCAAGACCGACCGCAAAGGUCUUGGGUUUGAAGGCGAAUCGCGUUUGGAUUCCCACAAUGCUUUGCAACCUAUUCCCGAUCGCGAGGAAUCAGAUUCAUUCUUUGGGGGCCGAUUGGCUAUUAAAGGGAAACCUCAGCCGCCAAAAUUGAAUGAUUCACGGCGGGGAGGACUCGGGGUUGGCCCUCUCAAUGACACUGGGUCGGACGAUGAGGAUCCUUAUUCCCUAGGUCCACAAAUCUCAUAUAACAAGACCAUUGGAGGGGAUAAGAAGAAAAAGAAAAAGGCCAAACCAGAACCAGCAAUUGCGUCGUCCAACCCACUCUUGAAUAUAAAGCCCGUGUUCAUUUCGAAGAAGGUAGCCGCAUCACGCGGGCCUGGAGGCUUCAGAAAGUGCCGCGACGGGCGCCUACCGUUAGAUGGAUUUAUUCUUGCAGAUGGCAUCGCAGGAUUGUCUAUUUCAGAGAAGAAAUACGAACCUCCUGUGAUACCCGACGACUGGAAGUCGGCCAAACAAAUCUCGUCAGAAAAACGGGACAAAUCGAAUUAUGUUUCAACAGCUGAUGCUGCAAAAGCCUCAUCGCUCAAUCCCACGGCCAGAGCAGCACUUCUGGGCGAAGCUCAAUUACCUGGGAAGUCUGUCUUUGACUAUAUGACCCCCGAGGGACGAGCGAAGCUUGCCAAACUCACCGGCAACGCCAAUUUACCUCCAGCUUUAGGAGAGAAGGCGCCCGAAGGAUACAAACUCCCCGAAUCACAAAAACGCAAGGAUCUUUGGGACCUUGUGCCAAAACUUGACAAACAGAUUGCCGCCCAAGCUCUAGCUCGGGCCGUUAGUGGGUGGAUGCCUUACCAAGAAGAUGAGAAAAAGCGUGCACGCUACCAAAUAUUCCUCGAAGUCAGUGCCGGGACUCGCUCUACCCUCCCAGAACGGGCGGAGGGUUCCAGCACCGAUGAAUGGGUUAUAGAGAUGCAGGAAUUUGGCCGAGCUGCAGAGGUCUUCAAACCCAUGUCCGGAGUUAUGGCAUCCCGAUUUACCUCCUCGUCCACUGCGCCCAAGGUUGUCUCGGAUGCCUCCGAUUCUACAGAAUCUGGGCUCAACAGACCCUCCGAAAAGCCAGACGACCCUGCAGUAGCGGCUGCCAAAAUUGGCAUGUUCGGCCCAAUGACCAGAAGUACAAUUCCCUUCUACCCAACUCGUCUUCUAUGCAAGCGAUUCAACGUCAAACCACCCCCGAACGUGCAACUUGACCCCGGCGAACGGCCUGAAGCUUCCAGUUCGGGGCCCGGCACGCGUUUCCAGUCUGCUGGAUUCCAAACCGACACUGGUCCAAAACAAUUGGUGUCGCAGGAUAUCAUGAACCAACUUCUCAUAGACUCGUUAGGUUAUCUACCUACAGCAGAAGGCCUUGAUCCAUCUGCGAGUGGUCAGCCUGCGGCGCCACCGGUAGUUAUUGAACCUGAGCGCAAUGAUGCACUGGAGGCAGAACGGCCUGGCGACGCUGUUUUCAAAGCUAUCUUUGGUAGUGACGACGAAGAUGACUAA